AUGGCAUCAGUGAAACUGGAAGUCAUGACACAGACCGAGCCAUGCUGGCUGGAGAAGGACAGCCCCGGCAAGGCUGACCGCGUCGCCGACGCCAGGCUCGAGACCGAUCCCAAGCUGGCCGCCGAACCGGCCGACUCCGAGGGCGAGGAGGAGAGCCGACUGGAGCUGGAGAAGGUCGGGCCGGUGACGGAGCAACGGCCGGCCUCGCACAUCGUCCUGCAGGUGGAGCGCAACGCGUCGGAGCCGACGCCGACCGCGGCCGGCGAGCACCACCUGAUCGUGAGCGUGGACGACGGGUCGGACGCGGUGACGCUGCUGGUGGACCGCCUGGAGGAGGACGGCGUGUACGAGCUGGCGGGGCCGGCGGCGUCCGACUGCGAGCUGCUCGAGCUGUGGGCGUGCGGCACCGACGGCGGCGAGCAGCGGCCGCUGGAGACGGUGCGCGAGGUGGACCUGGUCGACAUCCGCGCCGUCUGUGAGACGUGCGGCUGUGCCAUCAGCCACUACAUGGUGGGCCUGCUGGCGCGCGAGGACGGCUCCGAGUACGGCUACCGCUGCCGCAUGUGCCAGAGCGUGUUCCGCGACGUGGACGACAUGGCCUGUCACAUGGACUCGCACCGCUCGCCGGCCGACACGCGGUGUCGUUUCUGCUCGUGCGGCCUGCAGAGCCUCCGCCAGGCGGCCAACGCCCGGACGUGGGUGUGCCACGCGUGCAAGCUCACCUUCGGCACGCGCCAGGAGAUGCUGAAGCACCGCGAGCAGCACCCGCUCAAAGAGCGCUUCCCGUGCGAACUCUGCGACAAGGCGUUCCAGAUGAAGGUCCAGCUGGAGGUGCACAUGCGCUCGCAUCUGGGCCACAAGCCCUACUCCUGCGACAUGUGCCCGGCCACCUUCGUGCAGCCGAGCCACCUCAUCAACCAUCGGCGCACGCACACCGGCGAGCGGCCGUUCUCGUGCGAGCAGUGCGGCCGCGCGUUCGUGCAGCAAGGCCACCUGAAGGCCCACCUGCGCACGCACACGGGCGAGCGGCCGUACAGGUGUGACGUGUGCGGCCGCGCCUUCCGCCAGUCGGGCCAGCUGACGGCGCACCGUCGGCUGCACGAGAGCGGCACCGUCUACCGCGUGCGUCGGCAGCACGGCGAGCCGAUCGACCCGCAGGAACUCACCUGCAGGGAGUGCGACAAGCGCUUCAAGGCCAUCAAGGACCUGCGCCGGCACAUGCUGGUGCACAGCGGCGGCACGCACGAGUGCGCCAUCUGCCGGCGCUUCUUCAAACGUUCAGACCACCUCAAGCGGCACAUGCGCCAGCACGAUAAGCCGGCGCGGCCGGCCCGACCGCGCGGCCGUCGGCGCAAGGCGAGCGCGGAGCGCGGGCCGACGGGCGCCGACCCCCGUGGCCUCGCGCUGCUCGACAACAUCAUCGACGGCGUGCUGGAGGUGGAGGGGGACGCCGACGUGGGAUGUACCAUGUACCAGGCCCAACGUGGGAAUUCCCUGGCCGACGUGGAUGUAAAUGGCCUCCGGUAG